UUGGAGCUGUCAGAGCGCGCGAUGACCAUGGAGGCGUCCAGGAGUUUAACAGGAGGAUUUCACUACCAAACUGAAACUGAAAGGACGGGACGCAGGUUUUGGAUUUUGUUUUGUCUUAUUUUUCCUGCUUUGGAGACAGAGGACAGUUUCGCGACUUGAGAGACUAAAAACAAUCAUCAAAGGAAGGAACGUGGAAUCAAUUUUAAAAUCAUGCACUGUUUAUUUCCAUGGAGAGAUGGCAUGCGUGCUCCUCUUCAAUCGGUUGCUUCCCUUCUCACACCGCCUCACAAGAACAUCCUUGUGCUUAUUGUCCCUUUUUCUGUCAUACUUGUGCUAUUGUGCACUAUUCCCAGCCAACACAAUCAUGCAAACGUCAGGUGAUCCGACGCCCAGCUGCCAGAGCGUCCUGGAUCAUGGAGCCAAAAGACGCAUCCAGAAGUCCUGCGUUCUGCAGCCGAGCAGCGCCGACGCGUCCCGGCUGAAAAGCGAUCAAAGACCCUCCACGAACCUCCAUACCGACACGCCGAGCCCUCCCAUGAGCAAUUUGAAGUUUGGGAAUAAAAAGUUACCGAAUGCCAUCAUAGUUGGAGUGAAAAAAGGAGGCACGAGAGCUGUUUUAGAGUUUAUCCGGAUUCAUCCAGACGUGCGCGCGGCUGGCACCGAGACGCACUUCUUCGACAGGAACUAUGACAGAGGUCUGGAGUGGUACAGAGGUUUAAUGCCAAGGACGCUUGAAAGCCAAAUCACAAUGGAGAAGACGCCAAGCUACUUUGUGACAAAAGAGACGCCACAUCGUAUCUCUGCUAUGUCCAGAGAAACAAAGCUCAUUGUGGUGGUGCGAGACCCAGUGACCCGUGCAAUAUCUGACUACACUCAAACUUUAUCCAAAACUCCUGACUUGCCCAGCUUCCAGGACCUGGCCUUCAGAAAUCAGAGUCUUGGCAUUGUGGACACAACUUGGAAUGCUAUCAGGAUCGGUUUGUACGUUCUACAUCUCGAGAACUGGCUCCGCUACUUCCCUUUGGCUCAGAUCCACUUUGUUAGCGGAGAGCGUCUUAUCACAGAUCCAGCAGGGGAGUUGGCUCGGGUGCAAGAUUUCCUCGGGUUAAAGCGAAUUGUCACGGACAAACACUUCUACUUUAACCGCACCAAGGGCUUCCCUUGCCUUAAGAAGCCUGAAAGCAGCGGCUCGCCUCGCUGCCUGGGAAAGUCAAAGGGCAGAACUCAUGUACAAAUAGACAGAGAUGCUAUAGAGCAACUGAGAGACUUCUAUAGACCUUACAAUGACAAGUUUUAUGAAAUGGUGGGUCAUGAUUUCAAGUGGGAGUAGAGGAGUGUUUUUAAACUGAACAAGAAAGACUGCCAUAUUUCUUUGUCAAAAACCUCCAUAUUAUACUGAAGCGAACAAGAGCAAACAUGUUGCAAUGGCCCAA